AUGGCACUAAUAACCGUCAAAAAAAACCUGCCAAACAUCACCGCGGUAGAAUGCUCAAGGAGGGGAAAUUUUGAAAAAGUUCCACAGGUGUCCUUGCCAACCAAACAUCACCGCAGACGAAUGCUCAUCAGGAAGGUAGCAAUAAGCUCAACAUUGACGCGUCUUUGUAUUGCCAAUAACAAACAAGGGCCACGGAGACGACAGCGUAGUCUAUUUGGAUUCGCGUUUCAAAAACAGCGGAAUGGGAAUAGGAGAAGCGGCAAAGCCAAACACCAUAGAGGAAGCAUGCUCAAAGAAAAAGUUAAAAAAAAAUUAAUUCUACAUGACCUACCAGCAAACUAUGCAGGCUUGCUACGAUAUAAUAAUAGGGUGAACUGGUUCUUCACUCUAGGCGACGAAACCGUGGUCUAUUUGCCUCAAGAGUUCUUACUACUGGAAAUUGACAAAGAUAAUGAGAAACCGCGUCGAAAUAGACGAAUCGUAUUUCUUCGAACGUCCACAAGCACAAAUAAUCGGAGAAAGGAAAAUGAAAAUGAGAUGUCGAAAUCGAUGAAUCAAUGUUCUUCGAGCCAGCAUGAAAUGCAAAACCAACGGAAAAUGGAAAAAAUUGAAGAACCUGCCUCGCCUUCCUGUAAAGCUACGGCGGAGUGCGAUCGGAUUUCGAUUCAA